UCUCCUUCUCCUUCUUUCACAUCUCCCUCUAGAUCACCCCCUCCUCCUUGCUCAUAUUCUUCUUCGUCUUCUUCUUCUUCUUUUCCAUCUCCUUCUAACUCGUUUUCUUCUUCUUCUUCUUUUUCUCUUUUUUAUUCGUCUGCUUCUCCUCCUUCCACUCAUUCCCCUACUCCCACUCCUACUUCUCCCACUUCA